AUGACACCGUUUAAGUUAACAUGGCCUUAUUUUUCUGCUUCGUUCCAUAUCACAUCUAUCGAGAACUCAGAAGACGGAUUCGAUGAUAUCGCAUUUAUCUACACUCAGUGUGAUAUAUGCAGUCUGCAAUGGACACAAACUGCCAGACAAGUGGCAGUAAAGAAAAUGCUCUUCACCUUUACUCUGCCACCGACAAAAGUCAUGUUGGGUAUGCCCAGCCUGCAUAUUCAGGUGAAGAAUCAUGUUGGCUUUUUGAAGAUGACCAGGGAAAGAAACAUGGUCGCCAUUCUCUUAUGGAACUUUAUUCUUGGCAUCAUUAUGGAUAUCUUCAUGGUUCAGUGA